AUGGUUCCGACGGCGUUGUUCAGUUCGUUCGGCGAAGAUGACUACAACCAGGACGACAGCGGAGAUGACUCGGAUAGUGAGGAACAGAGCGAGGCGAAAGAGGAACCACCAGCUGUAGAGGAGAAGAAGGAUGAGCAAGCCGAAUUAGCUGCCAGCCUUCAGCAAACCUUAAAAGAGGCUCUGAAAGCGGCAGGUAACACACGUCUGAUGCAACAGAAACGACGACAAGCCAGUCCACCACAGCCACCACCGCCAACGUCUCAGGCAGCCACGGCUAAUGCGAACGCCUUCUUGGCACCAUUUCUCCUCUCAGGAGGAGCUAAUGCGAAUAGUUUGCUAAUCGGCAAUUCGGCAAAAGGUGACGAACCUGGAUCGCAAAAUCCGCUGUUGUCAUUUCCAUUUCAGUUCAAUUUCCAGCAGAGAACGAUGGCGGCUGUGGAUUGCCGAGUAACCGAACGGAACGCUGAUGCAGAGCUGGAUGCUGAUCUCCUAACAAUGAACACCAACAGAGUUAGUCUCGGAAACAUUCCUGAAGACUUCAUAUCGUUCAUCCUCAAGAAGCCAGCCACUCCACCGCCAUCUACUCCACAAAAUGAAACUGAGUCGACCAGCGAUCAAUCGGCACCACAAUCUUGA